UGACGUUCCGCUCGUGGCUGUCUCCGGAUUCCAAACCUGCUGCCGCGAGACAGGAUGGCGCGCUACUUGCAGAGGGGCAGCUGUGGGCAUCGGGGAGAAGGACUGAGGGCGACCACAACUCUCGCCCCCGGGCACCUCCUCUAUUCCGCUUCUCCUUAUGCUUGCAUUCCCUCCAAGAAAGCCAGAGGAUCCAUCUGUGAACACUGCUUUUGCAGGAAGGAAUCUCUGCUGCGAUGUUCUCAGUGUAAGAUGGCAAGAUAUUGCAACGCCACGUGCCAGAAACUAGCUUGGCCAGAGCACAAGUGUGAAUGCAAGUGUUUGAGAAGCAUUUAUCCUCAAGUUCCAACUGAUAUGGUUCGGCUUGUUGCAAAGAUAAUCUUUAAAUUGAUGACUGGCUCCUUCUGCUCAUCAGAAGAAUUGUAUUGUGUGACAGAUCUUCAGUCCAAUAUCAAACAGAUGAGUGAAGAAAUGAAAGAAGGCCUUGGGCAACUUGCAGUCAUGCUACAAUUUUAUAUGAAAGAGGAAAUUCACGAUGUAUCCCAGCUGGUUCCUGGUUUAAAUCUGCUUCACCUCUUUGGUCAAGUGAUGUGCAACUGUUUCACCAUCAGCGACGGCGAGAUGCAGGAAGUUGGUAUCGGUCUCUAUCCCAGCAUGUCUCUGCUGAACCACAGCUGUGACCCGAACUGUGUGAUGGUCUUUGAAGGGAAACUGCUCCGGCUUCGGGCCGUUCAACAGAUUCAGCAGGAUGAAGAGCUGACAAUUAGCUACAUUGAUGUCAUGGCAACAAGCCAGGAGCGACAGAGACAGAUCGAGAAGCAGUACUGUUUUGUGUGUGACUGCAAACACUGUGAGACUGGACACAAGGAUGUGGAUCGGCUGGCUGGAGAGGAGCGCUGCUGGACCAAGGCCAAGGAAUUGAUUCCAAAAGUGGAGGAAUUACAGGCUGCUGCAAAGUGGGAGCAGCUUGUGGACACCUGCCAAGCGUUUACAAGUAAAAGCCAAGACGUCCUUCCAGACACAAACCUCUAUCUGCUGAAGAUGCUCGAUGCCACUAUGGAUGCUUUCAUUCACGUCGCUCGGUGGGAGGAGGCCUUGUGUUAUGGCCUGAGGACUCUGCAUCCCUACCAGUUGUAUUAUGCUGGUCCUCACCCCGUGAGAGGAAUCCAGCUCAUGAGAGUGGGCAAGCUGCAGCAUCACCAAGGGAAGCUGAGCCAAGCACUGGACAUGCUAAAGCAGGCUUUUGACAUUCUGAAGGUGACCCAUGGAAGAGAACAUCCCCUGACUGACAACCUGCGGCAGCUCCUGGCAGACUGCGAGGCUGAACUCAGCAGCAGACUGCAGCACAUGUGAACGCCGGCCAGUGUGCGAGUAUGUACACAGGCACCGCACAUCCACACGUUCACACGCACUUGCAAGUGUGACCCUCUGGAUAUGUGUGCAAACGUUUGUGCUGAACUACUUGUAUGUAUGUACGUGCAAAUACCCAGAUACGUAGGUGUGUGUGCAUAAGGCAUGUCUCAAGUGCCUUUAAUGCUAGACCAAAGCAAAGAAAGAGAGAAAUAGUUGUUUAAAUAAUAGCAGAAAAUGCUGGAAAUACCCAGCAGAUCAGGCAAUGGUUCUGUGGUUUGUUAUUGUCAAAUAUGCUCAGCACAGUGAAAUUCUUUAGUACAACCACAAAUGCACAGUCGCCACAAUGUUGGUGUCGUUUAAAAAAUACAAUAAAGAAAAAAUACAGAAAACACAAACAGUGCUAAAUCCAGUCUACAGCAUCUAUGGAAAGAAAAAUAUUUCCAGGCACUAAUGCCAAUGUAAGUUAUCCUUCAGUCUACACGUGGUCUAUAUGCCUCCAUUCCCUGCCUCUGGAACUCCCCUGUUGUAACUGCUUCCACCACCACUCCUGGCAGCAGAUUCCAAUUUAGCAAAUGUGACCUAACUAAAGUUUUAUCCGGUGACAAAAUGACUUCCUGACUUUUAAAUUUGGAGAAUUUUAUGGAGGCCCAUCAGUGCUGUCUCUCUAGUGCUUUGAGAUGUUGCCAUUGACUGUCCAAGUCUCUGAAGCCUACAAGAUGGCAGAGGUCACUGCCGCCAGAUAAAUCAUGAGCUUUUUUUUGGAAUUGAGGUCCAUAAACACUUCGUUCCUCAGUCAAUUGCAAAAGUGUACUGAAGAUAACGGUGAUUGUCAUACAUUUGUUUAAGAAAGAACUGCAAAUGCUGGAAAAAUCGAAGGUAAACAAAAAUGCUGGAAAAACUCAGCGGGUGAGGCAGCAUCUAUGGAGCGAAGGAAUAGGUGUUGUUUCGGGUCGAGACCCUUCUUCAGUCUUCAUACAUUUGUUGAGAAAUGGCUCCCCAGAAAUGAGAACGUAGAUUAACUUUUCCAGGACUUCUAUUGACCUUUAUUGUCUGAAGGCAAUGCAAGGCGACAAGGGUUGAUAGACCCCUUUAUUUUGUGGAUAUUUAGUGUACAACACAUCCUCUAAAAUGCUUCAAUGAAUGAGUUAACAAUGACUUCAAACACAUGCAUAUACAAUAUAAUAAUAAUAAUAAUAAUAAUAA